GGUUCAUGCUGGUAUCCAGCAUGGUGUAUCCAGGGCUCCCUGGCGGCUUCCCCAUGGCAGUUCUGAUGGUGAUGUUGAUGGUGCCGAGCUCUCCUCUGGCUUUGACCAGGGACCUUCAACCGCGCUUCCUGUUACAAGCUAAGAGCGAGUGCCAUUUCUUCAACGGGACACAGAGAUUGCUCUUUAUGGAGAGACGCAUCCACAACCAAGAGGAGUACCUGCGCUUCGACAGCAACCUCAGGAAGUUCCUUGCCCUGACGGAGCUGGGGAGGCCCGAGGCCGAGUCCUGGAACAAACAGAAGGACAGCCUGGAGCAGAUGGCCGCCGAGGUGGACAGGUUCUGCAGACACAACUACGAGGUUGCGGAGCGCUUCACCGCGCAGCGCAGAGUUAUGCCUACAGUGACUGUAUACCCCAUGAAGACUGAACCCCUACAACACCACAACCUCCUGGUGUGUGCUGUGAAUGGAUUCUACCCAGGCCACAUUGAAGUCAGAUGGUUCCGUGGUGACCAGGAGGAGGAGGCUGGGGUGGUGUCCACAGGACUGGUCCAGAAUGGAGACUGGACCUUCCAGAUACUGGUGAUGCUGGAAAUGACCCCCCAACAGGGAGACGUCUAUACCUGCCACGUGGAGCACCCCAGCAUGGACCAUCCUGUCACAGUGGAGUGGAGGGUCCGGUCUGGAUCUGCACAGAGGAAGGUGCUGGGUGGAGUGGUGGUCUUCGUGCUGGGUCUGCUCUUCCUUGGAGUGGGCCUGUUCAUCUACCUCAGGAAUCAUGAAGGACACUCUGGACAUCAGCCAAUAGGACUCCUGAGCUGAAGUAGAGGUGACAGCACUGAAGGAGGGAGCCCUGUCCCCACCUUUCCACCUGAGGACAAUGCUUCUUGCUUGGCUCUCAUUCACCCAAACAGAGACGGAUUUCUCAGGACCUGGCUCUCUCGUGCUCAGUGGCCCCCAGGCCAUGUCCUUGCUGAGGGCUGUGUCCGUCCCUGUGGCUACCCCCAUGCCCCCAGUACCUUCUCCUCCCUCUCUCCUGGCUGGUUUGUAUCCAUCCUUUCCGGCCUCCCAGGGGUCUGAAAGCACCUCUGCCACUUUUCUUGGUUAUGUUUUUCCCAAAUAAACAA